GUCAGAUUCCAUGAUGCAUUUUCCUGGCUCAAGAGUCGCCGCGUCUUGCAUGUCUCAAGCCGCAUACUUACUUCCCGUGUUUUCUUGUCAGCACGAAAGAGGCGCAGCAACGUUGCGGGAUGAAUCUGGUGGCUGGCAGGCUGUGAAUGAUUCGCCAAAGGCCGCGAAUGGGCCAAGCAUCGCGGUACGAGCUGGUGGACCUCGCGCGACGGCGUCGUCGUCAGGCUUUGAGUGGUCCGAACACACAUUUACAGGGUUAA